UCCAUUCAUUAAUCCCAGUUGUUAUGGAAUUAGGAGGUCCAAUUAAAAUGAUGGUGAACUGGAUGCAAUAUCACACAAGGCAGAAAUGCUGUUGUACUGAAGAUCAGCAUGCCUGUGAUUCAUAUGCAGGUCAUCACAAGUGAUUCAGUUUAGUUUUAAGUCUUAUUGUUGCCUUCCAAGCAUUUCCUGUUUUAAGUUAAAAUGUUUACACAGGCCCAGUGUUACUGUUUGCAUCUACACCGAUCAGGCAAAACAUUGACCACCUACCUAAUAUUGUGUUGGUGCUGCCAAAACAGCCCUGACCCGUCCUGCACUGUGUAUUCUGACCCCUUUCCAUUAGAACCAGCAUUAACUUCUUCAGCAGUUUGAGCAACAGUAGCUCGUCUGUUGGAUCGGAUCACACGGGCCAGUCUUCUCUCCCCACGUGCCUCAAUGAGCCUCGGCCGCCCAUGACCCUGUCACUGGUUCACCGCUGUUCCUUCUUUCGACCACUUUUGAUAGAUACUGACCACUGCAGACCGGGAACACCCCACAAGAGCUGCAGUUUUGGAGAUGCUCUGAUCCAGUGGUCUAGCCAACACAAUUUGGCCCUUCAUCAAUCUCAAAGCUCAAAUCCUUACACUUGUCCAUUUUUCCUGCUUCUAACGUCAAUUUUGAGGACAAAAUGUUGACUUGCUGCCUAAUAUAUCCCACACACUAACAGGGGCCAUGAUGAGGAGAUCAUCAGUCUUAUUCACUUCACCUGUCACUGCUCAUAAUGUUAUGCCUGAUCAGUGUAUGCUGCAACAGCCUCUGAGAAGGUACUGAUACUGAGAAGAAGCCCUAAAUAUAGAACCUUCAUCGGCAUGUUGUGCUCGGGUCAUGUUGUUCAUAUCUGAAUGGACAAAGAUGAUUGGUCCAAGGGAGAGUCAUAUGAUGUAAUCCACCAGCAAACCCACCAAUAGGAUUAAGCCUGAUGCACCUACAGUGAGAUUUACAGUCUUUUGCUGUGCUGUAAAUAAAACAAAAAGAAACCUUAGUCUGCAUGUAGGAAGGAGUGCACUGUACCGGAACCUGUUAACACGGACUGGGGGAGUAGCACAGGAACUGAGUGAUUUGGGAUCUUCGGCCCAGGCUUUCAUUUUUCACCUCGUUUUCUCCCUCUGUGUUUGUAUGUGACGUAUGUGAUGGGCCGAUACGUCACUGCAAAUCUGGGCACUACCUUUGGGCCACAGAGGUUGCAGUUACUGUACAGGAUAAGGAACCUCACUAGCAUCAGAGCUUUGUCUCACCUUGCUGAGACUUCCUGUCUCAUUAAACCCAACAAGUCAUACCUGAACUGGAGAAGUUCCCUCAAACGGGUAAGGCAGAGACCUCUGAGGACCACUAGUCUGAAACAUGAAGCUAAAUUAUACAAUGUCCAAGUUUCUCGCAUGUAUUCCGCUUCCAAUAAGGAGGCAUUUCAACCAGAGGCUCCAGUAAGGGUUUACUCUGACAGUAAAGAUAAUGUUCAGAUCCAGAGGAUGCAAGAAAGAUUCGGAGACUCUUUCAAGCAUUUGUCUCAACACAUCAAUAUGUAUUUUAAGCAGAAGGAGAUGUCUGGAUCUUGUGGUGCUGGUCAGGCUGUAUUUAUGUCUGCCCUGCAGAAGCCUUUUACUGGGGUGCAGAGACAAGCACAGACCCAAAAUACCAUUGAAGGUAAAGAGGUUGAAGAGCUUAAACAGGUGCAAAAUCCAUUCAUUAGCCAGUCUCAGGGAUCACCUUUGACUUCCCAAUAUCCAGGAUUACAGCUGUUUCAUAUGAGUUCUCUGGUGACCAGAUUUGGGGAGAGCUAUAACUAUUUAGCCAGUCAUAUAAACUCUGUUUUCUUGAAACACGUCUAUAAGGAGGUUCCAUCAUCUGAAAAUAUACUUGGAAGAAACAGGACAAUAUCUAAAAGAGUUGCCAAAAAUCAGAUCAAAGAAAAUACGUCUCAAGAAACCGGCCCGACUCGCUAUAAUGAAGCCACAGCAGAUGCUGAUGUUUGUAGCUCCUUGGAGGAAGGGUAUCUUCAUUUUGCUCGUCAUAUCAACCGAUACUUUGGUGCAAAAGUGACUGAUACUGUUAAGGAAUCACUACAUCGGCAAGACCAGGGCUCAGAAAGGCACACGAUGGUGUAUUCUAUGGACCAUCAGAAACGUUGUGCAGAAUCACAGGACAGUCUUCCUCUCCGUCCUAAAUCUCUUUUCCAUAUGAGUAACCUCACUACACACUUUGGGGAAAACUAUGCCUACAUGGCCACUCACAUCAAUCACUAUUUCAAAAGCUCUGCCGCUGCACAUGAGCAACUGGAGAGAGAUCCAUACAGUGGACAAUCUGGAAAUACUCUGGAGAAACAUCCAUCCUUAUUCCAAGGCCUUUUAAACCCCUUCGGCAUUCAAAGACUUGUAGGGAGCUACCUGGGACGGGCUUCUCGUAGUCCUACCACUGUGGACCCUGCCCUGGACAGUGUGGCAGUGAGAAGACAGCUGGCCGAGGACAGGACUCGAUUUCUACUGGGCAAUCUGGAGAAAUCUAGGGCACGUUCCUCCAUCAGCUCCUGUGUAGAAGAGUUGAACACUCACCUAAUUCUCAACCCAGCAUGCAAGAAUGUGGUGUGGCAGGAAAAAUCAGCGAUGCAUAUCCUGAAGCACCGCCGGCUGUUUUGGAAGGAUAAGAAACUUCAAGCUGCCUUUAGAGAAACUCUAGCCCUAAUCGGCUAUGUGGAUCCACUCAAAGGUUGGGGGAUACGUGUGCUGUCCAUCGAUGGUGGUGGCACCAGAGGGGUCGUUCCACUGCAGAUACUUAAACAGCUGGAGGUUCGGACAGGAAAACGGGUUUAUCAGCUCUUUGAUUAUGUGUGUGGAGUGAGCACAGGAGCUGUUUUGGCCUUCAUGUUGGCUCUGGCUCAUUUCUCGAUUGAGGAGUGUGAGGAAAUGUACAGACGUUUUGGCUCCGAUGUUUUCAGACAGAACCCUCUGGUGGGCACUGUAAAAAUGGGCUGGAGUCACUCAUACUACAACACAGAGACAUGGGAGAUGAUCCUGAAGGAGAAGAUAGGUGACCAGCUCCUUGUGAGAACAGCCAGAGAUGACCGGAGUCCUAAGGUGUCUGCAGUGAGUGCAGUAGUGAACUGGGGUACAAGUCCCAAACCCUUUAUAUUUAGAAACUAUAAUCACUCUCCAGGACGCCUCAGCCGUUACGCAGGGGGAUCUGGAUAUCAGCUCUGGCAAGCAGUACGAGCUUCUUCUGCUGCUCCAGGAUACUUCCAGGAGUUUCCCCUAUAUAACGACAUACAUCAGGAUGGAGGUAUCAUUCUGAACAAUCCCAGUGCCCUUGCUGUCCAUGAAAGCCGGCUACUCUGGCCCAAUCAGCAGUUCCAGUGCGUGCUGUCUCUAGGAACUGGUCGAUAUGAUAAUGCCAGAAGGGGGCCUGCCACAUCUACGAGUCUCAGAGCCAAAAUCAGCAACUUGAUCAGCAGUGCCACCGACACUGAGGGUGUACACACUUUGCUGGCGGAUCUGCUGGAGCCAAAUGUGUAUUUUCGCUUUAACCCAAUGCUGAGUGCUGAGGUCUCACUGGAUGAAAGCAGACCUGGUGCUCUGAAGCAACUUCAGCUGGACACUCAGCAGUAUUUAGAGAGGAACGAAGCCAAACUGAAACUGCUUUGCAGUGUACUGGGUGAAGAACGCACCACACUUGGGAAAACUCGGGACUGGAUCAGUGAGAAAGCCUGGCAGCUACAACAGCACUGGACAUGACUGGACAAAGGACAUGGGUUUAAACAGUCACUAAACUUUGCUCUCUUUACAUCUGUGCAAUAUUUAAAUGAAGUGGUAUCAAUGGUAAUGCUCCUUUAAUUCUUCCGUUGUGCAAUGAUGUCAUAUAAAAUGAACUAUUGUAAACUAUUGUAUUGUGGGUAUUAAGCUGUCACAAGGGGAAUGUGCAGUGGUGUAUGAUUUCAGGAUCUAAACAGAUUCACAUUACCUCAUUUAUGAAUUAGCUGAGUUAAUUCACGGUUUUGUCAUUUCCUGCAUACACUGACUUUAUUUUCUGACAUUUAUAUUAGGUAUUAAUUCCAUACAGGGUGAAUUACAUGCCAGAAACCUCAGUAGGUAGCAGCCAUUAAAGUUAACAGUGACCAUAGACCAUUGCACUGUAAGUUCUCUAAGUUGUGAGGUGGGGCCUCCAUGGAUCGGACUUGUUUGUCCAGCACAUCCCACAGAUGCUGGAUUGGAUUGAGAUCUGGGGAAUUUAGAGACCAUUCCUGAACCAUUUCUGCUUUGUGUCACGGCGCAUUAUCCUGCUGAAAGAGGCCACAGCCAUCAGGGAAUACCGUUUCCAUGAAAGGGUGUAGAUGGUCUGUAACAGUGAUUAGGUAGGUCGUACGUGUCACAGUAACAUCCACAUGGAUGGCAGGACACAAGGUUUCCCAGCAGAACAUUGACCAAAGCAGGACACUGCCCCCACUGGCUCGCCUUCUUCCCAUAGUGCAUCCUGGUGCCAUGUGUUCCCCAGGUAAGAGACCCACACGCACCCAGCCAUCCACGUGUAAAAGAAAACGUGAUUCAUCAGACUAGGCCACCUUCUUCCAUUGCUCCGUGGUCCAGUUUUGAUGCUCACGUGCCCAUUGUCGGUAUUUUCGGCGGUGCACAGGGAUCAGCAUGGGCACCCUGACUGGUCUGUGGCUAUGCGGCCCCAUACACAACAAACUGUGAUGCACUGUGUAUUCUGACCCCUUUCUAUCAGAACCAGCAUUAACUUCUUCAGCAAUCUGAGCAACAGUAGCUCGUCUGUUGGAUCGGACCACACGGGCCAGCCUUCGCUCCCCACGUGCAUCAAUAAGCCUUGGCCAUCCAUGACCCUGAGAUACAAAACAAAUAUUUUCUGAUGAUGUGAUGUGCAUACAUAUAGUGUAUAUAAGUAGUAUAUAGUGUGAUAUAAAAUAGUAUAGUAAGUAUAGUAUUAUAGUAUAUAGUGUGAUAUAAAAUAUUUUGAAUGUAUUAGUAAUUUCUUGAUUCUGAUCCAGGAAUGGCACAAGUUUGUGUGACUGUG